AUGUCGAUUCUAUUACCUCCCACCAUUGCGAUCAAAACAGGCUGGGGUACUGCCAACGUCUACAUGAACUACAACGAUGAUUCUGAUUCUCAGACUAGGGGCUUCCUCAAAUUCAAUGGAGGGAAUGUUUUCAGCCCCCUAGCAAAGUUCGAAGUGGUGGCCGCAAAUACUGGAAUAGGAAUGGUGCAUAUAAGAUGCUCUCACAAUAAGAAGUUCUUGCGAGUGAGGGCCCAGGGCAGUGGGUACAUUUCUCCAGACGCUGAUGAACCAGAAGAAGACCAAUCAAAAUGGUCAUGUACGUUAUUCCAGCCCAGACCUGUAGAUGGCAAUCCAGACAGCGUUCGGUUGUUCCAUGUCCAACUACAGAAAUAUCCGGUGUUCAGUAACUCUUAUUACUUUUGGGUGGGCUAUAAUAAUCCAGCCCAGCAGGAUAUCCUGGAAAUCAUUGACCUUGAAUCGUUAGUGAUACUGCCGAGGCAUGUGGCCUUCAAAGGCCAUAAUGGAAAAUAUCUCGGAACAGUAGAGCUGAACAACCAACGGUAUCUGGCAUUCGAUUACGCUGCCAAGGGUCGCCCUGAAACCUGGUUCGAGGUAUCCACCGAUGGUCAUGGAAGGGCACAGAUCAUGUCAAACCACACAAAGACAUUUUGGAGGAACGCGGGUGCUACUAAUUGGAUUUGGUCUGAUGUAGAAAGCGCCAACGACCUCACAACCCACAGCAACUUUUGGCCUGUGAAGGUCAACAAUAAUACCAUCGCUCUCAACAGCUCCACCAACAACAAUUUUUGCUCAUUGAUCGCCCUUAAUAGCACAACAGACUGUCUCAACGCUGCCUACUCUAGCAUUGCCCCCGAGUCACACCUGGUGAUGGAAGAACUCGUGCUCUCCAGAAGCAUCUACAAUGCCGAUUUCGACCUCGCCAAUGCCAUAAUCUAUGGCGAGACCCCGGUGACGAUGGCCACUGUUUGA